UCCGUAUCCUCUUAGCUUAGCCCUCCUGGCCCUUCUCCUCGCGUUCAUAGAAGUUGCUGGGACGACAGACGGUCAGUGGGGGCUGUUCAGUAUUCACACGUUUGUGGAAAUUUCGCCUCCCUGCUCGUAUUCGGCGGUGCUCCCUUCACGUCGAGGUGGUGUCACUUAAGUGCCACGAUUUGUUUAACCAGCGAAAAAAGAGCCGACGGCGGAUUUUUUUGGCAGAUUUUUUGGGGGGUUUAUUUUAGCUGCGCGCCAGGCACAUAGCACGCUGAUGGCGGUCACUAUCGAGGAUCUCUAUCGAAGCUACGGGGUCCUUGCUGAUGCCAAGGACGACGUCAGCCAGGUCAUACUGCCUGGCCUUUGGUGAAAGCAGUUUGAUUGGAGAGGAAGAUUUUGUCUAGUUAUUUAUUGUUGUGUUGAUAUUUGUUUUUGUGCAUAUGUUUUAUAUUUUAUUUUAUGUACAGUUUUUUAUGUCUUUAUUUGUAUUUGCAUUUAUUUUGCCUUGUUUUACUCUGCUGUCAGCAGCCAGGUCGGCAUUGCAAAGGAGAAUCAGUUCUCAAUUGCCUUACCUGGCACAAAGAUGCCUACCAAGUCAUACUGAAUGGUGUGAAGGGCGGGCCCAAGGAGAAGCGUCUGGCGGCUCAGUUUAUCCCCAAGUUCUUCAGCAGCUUCCCGGAGCUGGCCGACGCGGCCAUCAAUGCCCAGCUGGAUCUCUGUGAAGACGACGACGUGUCGAUUCGACGGCAGGCUAUUAAGGAGCUCCCGCGCUUUGCAACAGGCGAAAACAUCCUCAAGGUGGCGGAUAUUCUCACCCAGCUCCUCCAGACAGAUGACACGGCUGAAUUCAACCAAGUGAACGUUUCGCUGAUUUCCAUUUUCAAAAUUGAUGCAAAGGGCACCCUCGGCGGUCUCUUUUCGCAGAUCCUUCAAGGGGAGGACGUUGUGCGGGAGCGGGCCAUCAAGUUUCUGUCCACCAAGCUCAAGACUCUGCCUGAGGACGUCAUGACAAAGGAGGUGGAGGAGUACGUCUUUGCAGAGACCAAGAAGGUGCUGGAGGAUGUGACGGGCGAGGAGUUUGUGCUGCUGAUGCGCUUGGUGUCGGGCCUGCGCGUGCUGCAGACGGUGAGUGGGCGCCAGCAGCUUGUGGAGCUGGUGGUGGAGCAAGCUUUCCUGGAGCAGGCGCUCAACCCGGCCGAUCUCGACACGGUGGACCGCCUGCUGCAGUGCACGCGCCAGGCACUGCCCCUCUUUUCUAAAAAUGUCCAUUCCACACGUUUUGUGACGUACUUUUGUGAGCAUGUCCUGCCCAACCUCAGCACGCUGACGACACCUGUAGCCGAGCUCGACAUUCAACUUGAGGUCCUUAAGCUGUUGGCGGAGAUGAGUCCUUUCUGCGGCGACAUGGAGAAGCUGGAGACCAACCUCAACAUGCUCUUCACCAAGCUUCUGGAGUACAUGCCUCUGCCGCCAGAAGAGGUGGAGAAUGGCGAGCAGCUGGCCAGCGAAGAGCCCAAGCUGCAGUUCAGCUAUGUGGAGUGUCUGCUCUUCAGCUUCCACCAGCUGGGCAAGAAGCUACCCGACUUCCUCAUCGACAAGGUUGAUGCUGAGCGCCUCAAAGAUUUCAAGAUCAGGUUACAGUAUUUUGCCAGAGGCCUGCAGGUUUACAUCAGGCAGCUGCGAGUGGCUUUGCAGGGCAAGACGGGAGAAGCCCUCAAGACUGAUGAGAACAAGAUCAAGGUGGUGGCCCUGAAGAUAACAAACAACAUCAACGUCCUCAUAAAGGAUCUAUUCCAUAACCCUCCGUCAUUCAAGAGCGCUGUCACUCUGUCCUGGAAGCCCGUCCAGAAGGCCGAGGCGGCAGCCGUGGUUCUUAAGCGUCCGUCUGCCGAGGAUGCUAACUCGGGCGCCAGCCUGAAGAAGCAGGUGGCCCCGCAGCCUCGACGUGACGCGCGCCAGAUCUACAACCCACCCAGUGGCAAAUACAGUGCAUCUCUCGGGAACUUUAACUACGAGCAGCGCGGCGGCUUCAGGGGCGGACGGGGACGGGGCUUCGGCACCAGAGGCAACAGAAGCCGAGGGCGGAUCUACUGAGGCGGGUCAUGAGGGGUGUUGGGAGCGGUUGGUGGGGGUCGCUUGUCACUCACUGAACUGCAUCAUGUCGGGAUCUUUACCCGCAUCCAAAACGGACUAUGUACCACCACUACUGUCCCACUUCCUUGUUUUAUUUUUUGUCUCCAAUUGGUCUCCAUAUUUUUCAUACGCCCCUCCCCAAACACACACACACACACACACACACACACACAGGUGAUCUCUUCUUCCGAAUGGACUUUUCUAUUCAGACCAAUUUGAACCCGUCAAGAAGCCAAGGCCCGUAGCUCCUCUCCCUUGUUGUUUUUUCAAUGACGUGUAUCCGUGUGGAACAAAAAUACUGCCGAGUUGUGACACACAAAUAGUUUUGGUCCUGUUGGGUGUUUUUCAAAAGAAAAAAGUAUUAAAAAAAAGGUCCUCUUUUUAGUUUGCAGCAUAAUGUUGGAAUGCAUUUGUUUUAACCUUUGUAUUUAAUCUUGGUUUUUUUUGUUUUUUUUUUAUAUAUAAAUUGUUAUUGGUAGAGCUUCAGUUUGAAUUGGCAGACUAUUACAACUUUGUAUGAAUCGAUGAUGUUGUCAGAUUUUUAUCAUAAACUUGAAUGGAAGU